AUGGAUGCCAAAUAUAUGCCCUGUUCCACGAGGGAGAUGGAUCCUAGAUUUGUAUUGUAUCCAGAUGUAAUCUUCUGUGAAGCUGUUGCUAUAUAUGGUGUUAUUGUGGCUAUUAUUCUGCAAACAAAGCUAGAGAGUGUUUCUACAUCAAAGAUUUAUGCACCCGAGUCUCUUAGAGCUGGAUAUGCAAUCUUCGCCUCUGGAAUCAUUGUGGGCUCUGCAAAUCUUGUCUGCGGGUUGUGUGUAGGAAUUAUAGGAAGCAGCUGUGCAUUAUCUGAUGCCCAAAAUUCAUCACUUUUUGUGAAGAUCCUUGUUAUUGAGAUUUUUGGUAGUGCACUGGGGUUGUUUGGAGUUAUUGUGGGAAUAAUCAUGUCAGCCCAGGCAACAUGGCCUUCUAACUCAGCUUGA